AAACUGUAGGAAUCACAAACUCUGGGAACUUGUUUGGUUGUCUUUUAAUGCACACUUGAUAACAGUCAACUCAUGUCUGCUCUUACCUUCACCUCUAUUUUUCCAGUUGCUCGGAAUUUCAAUCGGAUCCAAUGCUGCAACGACUUAGGACAGACCACGAAGCUACCCAACAACAACAAUGGAGGGGCGAGAUUUCCUGAGAAGAACGUUCUGAUCCAUCCAUCUUCCAUAGCACCACCUCCGAGGCCUCGAAGGAUCAUCCUGGUACGACAUGGACAGAGCGAAGGGAAUGUCGACGAGGCUGUCUAUACCAGGGUCGCUGAUCCCAAGAUUGCUCUCACCGAGAAAGGCAAGGCUCAAGCAGAGGAAUGCGGAUACAGAAUCAGAGACUUGCUUAUCAAAGACGGCGCUGAAAAUUGGAAACUUUACUUCUAUGUGUCCCCUUACAGAAGGACUCUCGAAACCUUGCAAUGCCUGGCUCGUCCAUUUGAACGUUCCAGAAUUGCAGGACUGAGAGAAGAGCCCCGUCUCAGAGAGCAAGAUUUUGGGAAUUUUCAGAAUAGAGAGAGGAUGCGAAAGGAAAAACAAAUGCGCAUGCUUUAUGGUCGUUUCUUUUACCGAUUUCCCAACGGAGAAUCCGCGGCUGAUGUCUAUGAUAGAAUCACAGGAUUCAGGGAAACUCUGAGAACGGAUAUUAACAUUGGGAGGUUUCAGCCGCCUGCUGAAGAGAAGAUAGACAUGAACCUAGUCCUUGUGUCGCAUGGUCUCACACUUCGAGUAUUCCUCAUGAGAUGGUACAAGUGGACCGUCCAACAAUUCGAGGGACUCAACAACAUGGGCAACGGACAUAUGCUCGUCAUGGAAAAAGGCUAUGGUGGAAGGUACAGCUUACUGAUGCACCACAGUGAAGAAGAGCUAAGAGAGUUUGGAUUGACAGAUGAAAUGCUAAUUGAUCAGGAAUGGCAAAAGUUCGCAAAACCAGCUGAUUUGAACUAUGAGUGCCCAAUGGUCAAUUACUUCUUCCCGCAUCUCAAUGAAGAAUUAAGCAGGACAUAAGAAGCGUGAUAGGCAGAUGUUAUCCUUCCUUCUCAGAGGCAGUUAAAUCUUGUAGUAGCAUGAGAAAUGAUCAUAUUAACCCUCUUCUUCCUACUUACUGUAAACAUAUACAUGGGAAUCAGGAUUUAAGUUUCCACUGCCAAUUUACUACUUCUUUGUUGUAAUCGAUUAAACGUUUAGGAACUCUAACUUUCAUAAUCGAAAUAAUCAUGGAAUGUUAAUAAUAGUCUCUUUUGAAUGAUCA